AUGGAUUUGUUUGAGCCGGAUGGAAAUGGAGCAAAUGGGGUGAAUGGGGCAAAUGGGGCAAAUGGGGUGAAUGGGGCAGAUGGGGUGAAUGAGGCAGAUGGGGUGAAUGGGGCAGGUCAUGCAUUGCCACCCCCACCCCCUGUUAUUCCACCAGAUGUUGUUCCAUUGCGUCCUGAAGCAGAUAGCAUUCCUGAACCUGUUAAGAAGAAAAAUGUGCGGGUUCCAAUUGCUAGGCGUGGCCUUGGAACCAAGGGGACAAAGAUACCUCUGGUCACUAAUCACUUCAAAGUGAAUGUUACUAAUAUUGAUGGUUACUUCUUUCACUACAGUGUUUCUGUUUCUUAUGAAGAUGGCCGUCCUCUUGAUGGCAAGGGUGCUGGAAGAAGAAUAAUCGAUAGGGUGCAUGAGACUUAUCACUCUGAGUUAGGUGGAAAGGACUUUGCUUAUGAUGGGGAGAAGAGCCUCUUCACUGUAGGUUCCCUUCCACGAAACAAACUUGAAUUUGCAGUUGUGCUCGAGGAUAUGCCAUCGAACAGAAAUAAUGGAAACGCUAGCCCUGAUGGUCAUGGGAGUCCAAAUGAGAAUGACCGGAAGAGAUUAAGGCGCCCAAAUCGGUCUAAAACGUUCAAUGUGGAGAUUAGCUAUGCUGCAAAAAUUCCCAUGAAAGCAAUUGGAGAUGCUCUGCGUGGUCAAGAAUCUGAGAAUUCCCAAGAAGCUCUGAGAGUACUGGACAUCAUAUUAAGACAGCAUGCAUCUAAGCAAGGGUGCCUCCUGGUUCGCCAAUCUUUCUUCCAUAAUGAUCCAAAAAAUUUCGCCGAUGUUGGAGGUGGUGUUCUUGGCUGCAGAGGAUUCCAUUCAAGUUUUAGAACCACCCAGGGUGGCUUAUCUUUGAAUAUUGAUGUAUCUACUACGAUGAUUAUACAGCCUGGGCCAGUGGUGGAUUUUUUAAUUGCCAACCAAAAUGUUAGAGAUCCUUUUUCACUUGACUGGAUGAAGGCUAAACGGACACUCAAGAAUUUGAGGGUCAAAACUAGUCCAUCCAAUCUAGAAUAUAAGAUAACUGGUUUGAGCGAGAAGCCAUGCCGGGAGCAAACUUUUACAUUGAGAAACAAACAUGCCAAGGAUGGAGAGGAUGGAGAAAUUGAAGUGACUGUUUAUGAUUAUUUUGUUAAUCAUCGCAAUAUACAGUUGCGUUAUUCUGCUGAUCUACCAUGUAUUAAUGUUGGGAAGCCAAAGCGUCCUACUUAUAUCCCCCUGGAGCUUUGUUCUUUGGUGUCCUUGCAACGCUAUACAAAAGCUCUUUCCACACUUCAAAGAGCUUCACUGGUGGAGAAAUCAAGGCAAAAGCCGCAAGAGAGAAUGAGUGUUUUGUCUAAUGCUUUGAAAAUCAACAAUUAUGAUGCUGAACCGAUGCUACGCUCAUGUGGUGUUUCAAUUAGUAGUGGCUUUACUCAAGUGGAAGGCCGUGUUCUACCAGCUCCGAGAGUACGUGCCAUGUUUUCCUUUAUGAGCCUAUAUGGUUGCUAA